AUGCAAGGCACGCCGGCGCUCACUCAUCCACCCGCAACCGCAACCGCAACCGACACUUUGCUGCUGUCCCUUUGCCAUCCCGCCCUCGCCAGGACCUUUCGGCUUGGAGCGCUGCUGCACGCCAAAAGAGGCCUUCUCGGCAUCGUCAUCGGCGAAUUUGAGCUCGACUCCCACACUGGAAGCCGCUCCAGGGCUGGACCGCGCGACCACAGCGACCACAGCGACCACAGCGACCACCCACUUGCGCCUGCCCUGGGUUUCCAAUCUUGGCGCGCCUCGAGAUUUGUUCUGCCCCGCCUCACCACCUGGAAGCGUCCCCUUUGGCCCUCUUGCUCCAUCCCCAGGUCGCUCCUCGACCUUGAGGUUGUGCACACUGACCGACGCUCCUUCUUGCGCUGCGCCAUGGACUCUGUCUCGCACCAACGCCCUCCCGCGUCCGGUAGCGUGUCUCAAGGCCCUCCGUUGCCAUCUAUUGCUUCCUUGACCGGCCAGCUCCCUCCCUCCGAGCAGAGCCCGGUUCACCCCAGACAUCAAUCCGACGCCCGCGAAGCCCGCGACUCGGGCAACUGGUCUGUCUCCCAGAGUAAACUUCCGUUCCAGACACGCCGUCCUCAAGUCGGCAUCCAUCUGGGUAUUCGCAGCAGCGUUGAUGCGAGCUCGCAAUUUGAUUCGCGUCGCAGCAGUGUCGACAGCCGUAUGAACGCCGGAAUGACGCAGCUGAACAUAGCGAGCCCAUCUUCGCCGUACGAAAGCCAAAAUCCUUCACGUGUCUCAUUAGUAUCCAACUUGCAACAUCAGCGAGGCAUCCCAGGCGAGCAGCGGCUUAAUGGCACUUCACCGCUAUCGCCUCUCGGUCGCAAUGCUGCGCCUCGAAUCAUCCACCCCCCGAAGAGGGCUCCCGUCAUCAACCCAAACCCCCGCAGUGUUUCAGGCAUGCCAGAUCCAAUGGCUGCUGCUCCCACCAAAGGUUUCGCUUGGGCUUUCCCUGGCGACGAUUAUCCAAUGGAGAGGAGGCAGUCCAGCAGUGGUGAAUCUAGCGUGGACCGCUCCAAUGUGCCAUCGCGGCAAAACAGUUAUGCCACAUCGAUUACAAGUAGCAUCAUGACCGCAGACUCCAAGAUGCCCUAUGGGCAACAGAGACUAGAUGACGACAUGGUACCCACACACCACCACUCUAUGCAGCACCGUAGUGUUACGAGCCUGCAGAGCACCGCCGACCACGCCGCUGCACUCGCUGCUGGUAGCGGCAAUUAUAGUCGUACUCCAGAGCUCCGUGUAAGCCACAAGAUGGCAGAAAGGAAGCGAAGAAGCGAAAUGAAGGGUCUGUUCGACGAGCUGAACGUGAUUCUUCCAAACUCUCCAGGCAGCAAGUCCAGCAAAUGGGAGAUUCUCACCAAGUCAGCAAUCGAGUACAUCAAAAGUCUCUCCAGAUCACACGAGGCUGUACGCGUCGAGAACGCACGUUUACGACCAGAGGCUGAAUACGCCCGCAGGGCUCAGGAAGAGAAUGACAUGUUGCGCAACGAGUUGACCACUACUUGGAACAUGCUCCGCCGCGUCGACCCAUCUCAGUCGCAUAUUUACGGAAAUGUGACGGCCUCGCUGGCACAAGCAAACAACGCUGCGCCGGCGUCAGCUAACAACGUGCUGCCACCUCUACAGUCGCAACAAGCUCCACAUCAACCUCAGCCUCAGCCUCAGCCCCAACCGCAAGCCUCGCAAUGGGGAGGUCCCGCACCAGGGCAGAUGCAAGGGGUCGAGUACGGCGGCAUGCGACCAUACGAGCACCCGCAUCGCUAA